GGGGACAGCUCGGACCGGCGGGGAUGAGCCAUGGCCUCCGUGAAGGUGGCCGUGCGAGUGCGGCCAAUGAACCGCAGGGAGAAAGAUCUUAAUGCAAAGUUUAUUAUUUCAAUGGAAAAAAAUAAAACGACAAUCACAAACUUAAAGAUACCAGAGGGCGCUACUGGAGACACAGGACGAGAAAGAACGAAAACGUUUACCUAUGAUUUUUCCUAUUUCUCAGCAGACAGUAAAAGUCCCAGCUUUGUUUGUCAAGAAAUGGUUUUCAAAAAUCUUGGUACAGAUGUGCUCAAGUCUGCUUUUGAAGGUUAUAACGCCUGUGUUUUUGCAUAUGGACAGACGGGGUCUGGGAAGUCCUAUACCAUGAUGGGAAAUGCGGGUGAUGCAGGUUUGAUACCUCGAAUUUGUGAAGGAUUAUUCAGCAAAAUAAGUGAAAAAACAAAGCGGAAUGAGGCAUCCUUUCGAACAGAAGUCAGUUAUUUGGAAAUUUAUAAUGAGCGUGUGAGAGAUCUUCUCAGACGGAAGUCAUCAAAAACCAAUAAUUUACGAAUACGGGAGCAUCCAAAAGAAGGGCCAUAUGUUGAGGACUUGUCUAAACAUUUAGUCCAAAACUAUACUGAUGUUGAGGAACUUAUGGAUGCAGGAAAUAUAAACAGGACGACGGCUGCAACUGGAAUGAAUGAUGUUAGUAGCAGGUCACAUGCCAUUUUCACAAUCAACUUCACUCAGGCUAAAUUUGAUUCUGAAAUGCCUUGUGAAACUGUUAGCAAGAUUCAUUUGGUGGAUCUUGCUGGAAGUGAGAGAGCAGAUGCCACUGGUGCCACAGGGGUUAGAUUAAAGGAAGGAGGGAAUAUUAACAAAUCUCUAGUUACUCUGGGAAACGUAAUUUCUGCCUUAGCUGAUUUAUCUCAGGAUACAACAAAUCCUCUUUCAAAGAAGAAGCAAGUAUUUGUGCCUUACAGGGACUCAGUGUUGACUUGGCUAUUAAAAGAUAGCCUGGGAGGAAACUCCAAAACUAUAAUGAUUGCCACUAUUUCACCUGCUGAUGUCAAUUACGGAGAAACUUUAAGUACACUUCGCUAUGCAAAUAGAGCCAAAAACAUCAUCAACAAGCCAACUAUUAAUGAGGAUCCCAACGUCAAACUGAUCCGUGAGCUGAGAGCUGAAAUAGCCCGACUGAAAGCCCUGCUUGCUCAAGGGAAUCAGAUUGCACUCUUGGAUUCUCCGACAGCUUUAAGUAUGGAAGAAAAGCUUCAGCAGAAUGAAGCAAGGGUACAAGAACUGACCAAAGAGUGGACUAACAAGUGGAAUGAAACUCAAGAUAUUCUGAAAGAACAAACUUUGGCUCUGAGGAAAGAAGGGAUAGGUGUUGUGUUAGACUCUGAACUGCCUCAUCUCAUUGGCAUUGAUGAUGAUCUUCUCAGUACUGGAAUCAUCUUGUACCACUUGAAGGAGGGCCAAACCUAUGUUGGCCGAGAAGAUGCUAUAACAGAACAGGAUAUUGUUCUUCAUGGCCUUGAUCUGGAAAGUGAGCAUUGCGUCUUUGAAAAUCUCAAUGGCACUGUGAACCUCAUCCCGCUGAAUGGAGCACAGUGUUCUGUGAAUGGUAUUCAGAUUACAGAACCCACCCACCUCAACCAAGGUGCUGUUAUAUUGCUUGGAAGAACCAACAUGUUUCGCUUCAACCACCCUAAAGAAGCUGCUAAGCUAAGGGAGAAAAGGAAGAGUGGACUGCUAUCUUCCUUCAGCUUGUCUAUGACUGAUCUUUCUAAAUCUUGUGAGAAUCUGUCAGCAGUUAUGCUUUAUAAUCCAGGGCUAGAAUUCGAGAGACAGCAACGAGAGGAGCUUGAAAAAUUGGAAAGCAAAAGGAAACAAAUAGAAGAGAUGGAGGAAAAACAAAAAUCUGACAAAGCAGAACUUGUAAGGAUGCAGCAAGAAGUAGAGUCACAGCGCAAAGAGACAGAAAUAGUUCAGCUGCAAAUACGAAAACAGGAGGAGAGUCUGAAACGGAGAACUGUUCACAUUGAAAGCAGGUUAAAGGAUUUGCUGGCUGAGAAAGAAAAAUUUGAAGAAGAGAGAUUGCGGGAACAACAGGAGAUAGAGCUUCAAAAGAAAAAGCAGCAGGAAGAAAUUUUUGCCCGGGUCAAAGAGGAAUUGCAGCGACUACAAGAACUUAAUCAUAAUGAAAAAGUAGAGAAAAUGCAGAUUUUUCGUGAACUAGAAAGACUGAAAAAGGAAAAAGAUGAGCAGUAUCUUAAGCUGGAAUUAGAAAAAAAGAGACUUGAAGAACAGGAAAGAGAACAGGUGAUGCUGGUGGCUCACCUGGAGGAACAGCUUCGAGAGAAGCAGGUCAUGAUAGAGCUCCUGAAGAGAGGGGAUGUGCAAAGAGUAGAAGAAGAGAGAAGAGAUCUUGAAGAGAUCAGAGAGUCUCUUUUGAAAGUCAAGGAAGCCCGAUCUGAAGGUGAUGAAAACCAUGAAGAGUUAGAAAAAGCACAGCAGGAUUUUGUAGAGUUUAAAAGGAAACAGCUGGAACAGUUGGCUAUUUUGGAAAAAGACUUAAUUCAACAAAUGGAUCACCUAGAAAAGGAAAUAGCAGAUGAAAAUGGAGCUCUGGAGCACUUAAAAUUUGCACAUGAAGAGCAUUUGAAUCUCAGGAGAGAUGAUGAAAACUUUAUGGAUGCCAUACUCAAGGCUGAAGAAGUUGACAAGAUAAAGCCAGUGGAAUACAGGCUCCAGUCUAAAGUACGCCAGCUUGAGUACCUGAAGAGUAAUCAUUUGCCAGCUCUGCUGGAGGAAAAACAAAGAGCUUCUGAAGUCCUUGAUAGGGGCUUGUUAGGGUUAGAUAAUACUCUCUAUCAAAUAGAGAAAGAAAUAGAAGAAAAAGAAGAGCAGCUUGCCCAGUAUAGGGCUAGCACAAAUCAGCUGCAGCAGCUUCAAGAAACCUUUGAAUUCACAGCCAAUGUAGCUCGGCAGGAAGGAAAGGUUCGGAAAAAGGAAAAAGAAAUACUUGAAUCAAGGGAAAAGCAGCAGAGAGAGGCACUGGAGCAAGCUGUUGCUAAGUUAGAAAGGAGGCAUUCUGCUUUGCAGCGUCGUUCCACCAUAGACUUUGAAAUUGAAGAGCAGAAACAGAAGCUGGCCACCUUGAACAACAGCUGUGGCGAACAGGCAGGGCUGCAGGCAAGUCUGGAAGCUGAACAGAAAGCUCUUGAACAGGACCGAGAACGCCUGGACCAGGAAAUUAAGCAGCUGAAGCAAAAAAUAUAUGAGGGUGAUGGAGCUCAGAAAGGAAACCAUGGAAUAUUAGAUGAGAGACUCUGCCAUAGCACUACCCCUGCCAGCCCAACAAAGCCACAGCCACCUGCUGCCCCACUGGUCGAUGAUAGGAUAAAUGCCUUUAUUGAACAAGAAGUGCAGAGAAGGCUCCAGAAUAUUCAUCAUAAAGCUGAGGAUAAUCAUGUUAGUGCUUCCUGGUCUAUGGAAAGUUUCAAGGAUAAUGAGAGGCAUAAUAACAGCACCAUUCAACGCAAGUUGAAGUAUGAGCGGAUGGUCUGUCGUUCACUGGGAGCAAAUCCAGAUGACCUAAAGGACCCAAUUAAAAUAAGUAUUCCACGGUAUGUCCUGUGUGGGCAGGGAAAGGAUGAGCACUACGAGUUUGAAAUAAAGAUAACAGUCUUGGAUGAGACAUGGACAGUAUUUCGGCGGUACAGUCGUUUUCGAGAAUUGCAUAAAACUUUAAAACUGAAGUACCCAGAGAAAUACCUCAGGAGCUUUUUCUCUGCAAUGCUGAAGUCUCCAUCAUCUCCGCUGAACAUUGAUAAAGUGGGGCUGACGCUGUCAAAAUACACCGUCUGUGAAUUCUCACCCUUCUUCAGGAAAGGCGUUUUUGACUACAGCAGCCAUGGGACCAGCUAAGUUUUGGGCCAGGAUCCUUAUGCUCUGGAGGAGUAUGGUUGGAGUGGUGCCUUCACUUUUGUGUGAGAGGAAUGAGGGAAAGAAAAAAAAAAUAAUGUGUCACCUCUAUCCCUGGAAAGUUGCAUCCAAACAGCGCCAAUUAGAGAGAGCUCCCACCCUAACGUCUAUCCUUUACCAGCUCUCAAGUUGGUGCCUGCAUUAUCCUGGCAUGGAGUAUACAGACAUUUUUGUGUACAUUGAUCUGUGAAUAGUGUACAAAGAUUCUGAGUUUGUAUCCCCUUCUUGGCAGCAGUGCUUCCUUCUCAUUUGCUCAGAUACUUUGUUCUGGCCGUUGAAGAGCAUCUCGUGUUUACCAUGGCAGUGUGUCAUGCUGACAGAGGGUUUCUGAGCGGCCUUUUGGUUUCUGUCCAAGCUGUUCCUUAAAGAAUCCUAUCCUUUGUUUCUUUAUAGCAUAGUGUCACAUUUAAGGUAAUGAUCCUACUCCACUGUUGUUUCAUUUUCUUUCCCUUCCAGAUACACUGCUUAACUAUUUGACUGUAUAAUUGUAUAGUUUUUCUCAGAAGAAUUAAAGGACCUGGGUAACUUGAAUGCUUACAAAAAUAUAUGCAGCAGAAAGAAUAUAAUUUAAACCCAGUCAGAGUUCUCCAUGCUUGGUUGUUUGGAGGCAAAACAAAUCACUCACCUUUAAUAAAGAAGCAAAGGAAGCAAUAGUUACCAAAUAACAUGGUCAGCAUCUUUUCAGAUUUUGUAAUCAUUCAGACUGUAAACCGAAACUCUGCACUGUACAGAGCUCAUAGCUAUGCAUAAAGCUGAUGCAAAGUGCUAUACAUUGUUUUUAAAAUAGCUUCUUCACAAUAGUUGUAAAACCUGAGGUUUAUUUGCAUCAGUUAAAAUUUGCAGGAUUUAAAUAAUAGUACUUUAAAAUGACUCAGGACUUAUUCAGACUUGCACAUGUAUAUACAGGUAGAACUCAUUUUAUAUUGCUGCAGAUUCAAAAAUAUGUAUACACUGUUUGGAAUUGAGUAUGUGUAUAUGUUAAUGUAUAAUUGGUUGUAUAAAAAUUGGAAUUGAAUGACUUCCAGUUAUUAAAAUGCAUAAUGAAAGGUAAGUUUUGUGUGCUGUUUAU